UCAUGAUGAUGGUGAUGAUGACGUCAUAGGAAAUAAACGUUCUAUUGUUAUUAAGUUUAAGGCAUAAUGUCAAGAACGACCGGUGUUUGUAAUAGCUGGGUCUGUUACGCUUUCGUCACAUUUGUCUUAACUUUGAGACACAUUUCCUCCCUUACAGAUUCGCAGCUAACUUCCACGAAAAAUGCCACGAUUACGACCAUGCGGAAUCGGACACGUGGCGUUGCUUCCAGAGUUGAAGCCGAACAGUCACAUGGGGUGGCCUACGUUGGCCUGGCAAUCGCAGUCAUGGCAAUAUGUUUUGCUUCCGGCACCAUCGUCGUAUCGUUCCUCUUCUAUCGACGGAGUUACCUGCACAACGUCAUGCGGCAACACUCUUCCGAUGUUUCCAGUAGAUCGCACAGGCGACUCAGAUGGUUUGACACAUAAAUACGAAACUGACUAAGAAACAAAUGGACACAUUACGAUUUCAAAGUCAAAAGAGAUAACUCUCAAAGUUGUUGGUUUGUUUGUUGUUGUUUUUUUGUUUGUUUUUUUGUGCAAACCUUCACUUUCAAGACAAGCAAUCUCUUUUUUUCUUUAAAAAAAAAGAUAAGAAAACACUAAAAAAAAUAAUAAUAAUAAUACUAUAUAUUUU